UUUGAAUGAAUAAAAUAAAGAGUAAGAUAAUCGAAACACGAGCAGUUAUUUCAAUUUCAAAAUUUCUAAUAAUGUAAUCCAAGAACCUGUUGCGCAACUUUUGAGGGAAAGCGGAUGUUACAACUUUCCUGAAUUCAUCGAUCUCGUUUCCUUUGAAGGUCACCUUGGGGAAGCGCGAAAGCUCAAACCGGCGAUACGAGGUUACCGACGCCACACCGAAAGCAUUUCGGCACAUGACCGGUCGCACGUGUGUCCUGAUAUAAGAGUAAAUACUAGCUUGGAAUUACUCAGAGAGAGUUGCACCACAUUAUGAGUGCGUUGCGCGGGUAAUAUACAUUCAGAAAGAACCGUUAAUAAUUCUUGUGCGUGUAUUUUUGGUGUCGAAAAAUAUUCCAAUUUUGAAUGACAGUGUUAAGUAAAUUAAAACUGAAUUAAAAGUUGAAAAUGGAUGUGCCCGCAAGAGGAAAUGUUUUGGGACGCGUGGUCCCAUGCCGCUACAUCCUAGCCGUGUUAGGCUCGAUAGGCAUGGCGAUCGUAUAUGGUCUCAAGGUGAACCUAUCGGUGGCUAUGGUGGGCAUGCUCAACCAUACCGCCAUCAAGCUCCAUGCCAGUGCCAAUGCCCAUCAUGAUGUACUUAAUGCUACGGUGGAGAAGAAUAGCGGAGAGCUCGAGUGCCAAGCUACUGGCGGAGGUGGUAACGCUACUGAGUUGGUUGGCCCGUUCGAUUGGUCAUCGGAGAUCCAGGGCAUCGUACUAAGCUGCUAUUUCUGGGGAUACUUCAUCUCGCAAAUACCUGGCGCUAGGGUAGCUGAGUUGUUCUCGGCAAAAUGGGUGAUGUUCUUCUCGGUGUCCAUCAACGUGGUGUGUACCCUGCUCACCCCCGUCAUGGCAGAGGCGAGUUACAUCGCAGUCAUCUUCAUGCGUAUCGGAGAAGGCAUUGGAGGGGGUGUAACGUUCCCGGCCAUGCACGUGUUAUUAUCCAAGUGGGCACCCCCGGCCGAGCGGAGCGUGAUGGCGGCACUAGUAUACGCGGGCACCUCGCUCGGCACCGUCAUCUCCAUGUUGAUGGCUGGAGUACUCACCGCCACUUUUGGUUGGGAGAGCGUAUUCUACGUGAUGGGCGGUCUCUCCUGCCUGUGGUGCGUGUUAUGGGUGAUCCUGGUGCAGGACUCUCCGCAGCAACAACCGUUGAUCAGCAGCGAGGAACGCAACAUGAUCGUCACCUCGCUUGGAGGGAAGACUGAUGACCAUGGGCAUAAGAAGCUGCCAGUUCCGUGGAAGGCGGUACUGACAUCUCCGCCGUUCCUGGCCAUUCUGGUGGCGCAUGCGUGCUCCAACUGGGGCUGGUACAUGCUGCUCAUAGAGCUGCCCUUCUACAUGAAGCAGGUGCUCAAGUUCAACAUGACUGAGAAUGCAGUAACAACAGCGCUACCGUUCCUGUCCCUAUGGAUCUUCAGCAUCGGACUCAGCAGGACCCUAGACUGGCUGCGCAGUAAGGGACGCAUCACUACCACCACAGCGCGGAAGAUAGGGACUUUGUUUGCGUCAGCGGUCCCAGCUGCAUGUCUGCUGGCACUGUGCUACAUCGGCUGCAACCGUGGCGCGGCGGUGGCGCUCAUGGCCAUCGGAGUCACCUGCAUCGGCGGCAUGUUCUGCGGGUUCCUCUCAAAUCACAUCGACAUCGCGCCCAACUUCGCAGGAACAUUGAUGGCUAUGACUAACACCGUCGCUACCAUCCCGGGGAUUGUGGUCCCCAUAUUUGUCGGCGUACUAACACAUGGCAAUCAAACGAUAUCAGCGUGGCGCGUAAUAUUCUUCGUGACGAUCGGUCUGUAUACUAUAGAAAUCAUCGCCUAUACCAUCUUCGGCUCUGGGGAAGAGCAGUCAUGGAACAGGGUGCCAGAGGAGAAACCAGAGAACUUUGAAACCAAGCCGCUUAACAACGAAGAGAAAGAGAAAACCAAUGUUUAGGUUAGAAAAGUCAUGUUAUACAAGAAGCAACGCUAUGAGUGAAAGAGAGAGAAGAGUAUUAAACUUUAAGGGCUCAAACUGGGCAUACUGGGAAUAAGGGCAGCGAUAGCGGCGCGGGGAGCGGCGCGGCGGCCGCUGUUCCGUUCUCGAUGCCAGCGGGCAGAUCGCGCGGUGUUGCGGCGGUAUAGAAUUGUGUCUCAAAUAAACGUGAUGUCGAAACGGCCACAACGCAUUUUCGAUCGUAGUUCUUAUUUAUUUAUUUAUUUGUACACAAUGAAACAGACACAAGAAACAUACAAAGAAAACAGAUAGUACAGGCAAGCUUAUCUCUAAACAAAGAGAUUUCUUCCAGCUGACCUACGUGACAAGAGAGACUUUCAACGUAUAAUAUGUAUUUGUUUCGUAUGAUUUAUUAUGGGCAAAAGAAGAUCUGAAUCCCUAUAAUGAACAAAGGAAACAAAAAGGCGAGUUUCAAACGCAGAGACACCGCUCGACUAGAGCGCACCGCUCGUAUCCCGCUCGCCGCGCCGCUGCCAUCGAGAACACUUCAAUAGAAAUCUUAGCAUUUGAACGCGCCGCUCCCCGCCCCGCUGCCGCCGCCGCGCCGCUGCCGCUGUCAUCCAGUUUGAGGCCUAACACCCGUGUUCUAAGAUGUACUCGAGCUGAGCAUUUUGGUAUUUUAAGUUGACAUUUACGUCUUCGACUUGAGGACUUACUUUAAUUAAAGCACAUAAUAACGGGUUCUUACAGCGUUUAAAUGGGGAUAUGAGACUCCCGAUAUUUCGACACUGUUGCAAGUGCCAUGAUCACGGGAUGACUGAUGGGAUUGGGGUGGAAUAGGUAGAUCCAUAAUUUUCUACGGGCAGACAUAUCUGUCUACCCUCUUUCUUUGCCGCUUGUUUAUGUUUUUGAUAUCGGAAUGUUCGGAACCAUCUGAACUCGCAUCAAACUCACUACGACAAACCGCACUCACUGUAGUGAGGCCUUACUCCACCCCCACCAGCGGCAGAGCUAGGUUUACACCCCAGUCUUACUUUAGUCUUCGAAUGGCGUCAGACGUCAUACACGCAGAUGCCCGUGUACGAUAACGUCAAUGUGUAGUGUCUGUGUAAAAUGAGGUUUCUUGUAUGAGGUGUCCGGUGUGUGGUCUAUGUUAAAAAAAAUCAUGUUGUGUUAACACGCAAGGCUAUGAGUGAAAGAGAGAGAAGCAUUUUAUCGCUUUCCACUUUAAAUGUGUAAUCUACACAUUCGUUGUCGUGGCACAUUAAUUAUUAUAUCUUUUGAAAUUCUGGAAGUAAGUUGAAGAUGUAUAGAUUUUUCGCAUUUAGCCCAAAAAGAAGAGAUAAGUCACAGCUUGGUCAAAGAGUAAAGAAAAUGGUAUACUUCAGAAGAGUCAUUGUUGCGUAGUCAAUUAAAAAAACUUCAUAUUUUUUUGUUAAAAUGUACUUAGUGUUUUAUACGGAUACUUAAUGACGUGUGGUUGGUCGCAAUGAGCCUGUUUUAAUGUAAAUUGGUGGUAGUUGAAUAAGAUAUAUUUUUAAUAGUAAUAUUAAGGAAAAUUAUUGUAAAAUGAUUUAGCUCAUUGAGAAUAAUCGGUGUGUCGAUGGUAUUUACAUUUCAAUAUUAUACUUUUUUAAUUUCUCUUAAUUUUUUAAGAACUUUUAUUUUGACAAAUCAAAUUAUCAAAUUAUGUUGGACAAUUUAAUGUAUUAAUAUAAGGAAUGUCCCAUCCAACAUACAAGCUCCAGAUUUCUAAUAACAGACGAAUGUCUGUCAAUUGAUAUGACUAAUAGAUCAGAUAUACAUUAGUGACACUACCGAAAAACGAGGAGGAUGAUUCACCUGAUGAUUCCGAGUUAAUAUCAAGUAGAAAUUUCCGUCGCAAACUCAUGUUUUUUUCUUAUUAUUUUCGUUUUUUUUUGGAUUUCUUCAGGAUAGGUAAAUGGACUCUGUGAAAAAUCGGGAUAAUACUAGGGGGAUGAUGGCUUUUGUGACGGAAAAUUCCACUUGGGAUCAACUCAGAAUCAUGGUCUUGUAGAUGUUGACACAGCGCUAGCGCACGGCUAGCGGCGGCAGCCCCUCGCUUCAUACCUUCAGUCUCUACUUGUCAGGGCAACGGACGACACACCUACUAAUCUAUUUUAUUUUUUUGUCUGUGUACUUAUUGAUUUCCGUGUGGUUUCUGUCCUGCGUUAAAUGUAAUGUACCUGUCUGUCUGUGUCUGUGGUGUCCGGGAGUAAUAAAUGUUUCUUUCUUUAAACCUUCUGAUAGCGCUAACCAUGCGCUAGCGCUGUGUCACCUACAGUCUGAAUCAUCCCUCAAAGAUUUCGUUACGGUGUUAGUGACAUCGUAAAUAAUUUUAUUAAUAAUCUUAUCUCUUAAAUAAUCUUAUAAGCGGUAUCGUGUUAUGAUUUUAAAUUUUAACCCUUAAAUGGGUGAAUGAACAAAAAAGGAUUGUGGUUGAUCAUUCAUUCACCAAUGAAUGUUGUACUUUCAAAUUCACAAUGCAUUUGUAGAAUUUUAUAUUAAACGCAAAGUAUUCAAAAUUAAAAGUAUUAAGCAUUUACAGUUCAUAAGCAUUUAGUGUAAGCUUUAGAUGUGAGCUUUUUUAAGAUUGUACUUAUUUCUAAGGGACUUACCAAAGACAUUAUAAUGUAUUUAUACAAAUCUGUGUUUUUAAAUGAAAUAAAUCUUAUGUUUUGUGA